CUGUUGCUCAUAGUGCUAAAGGACAGCUAGUCACUCCACUCCUUGAAAGCAAGAGACAGGACAUAUCAUUUUAUGGGAACCGGUUAUGGGUGUAGGCAACCAAAGAUCUCCGACCGAGCAGUAUUUCCUCCUUCGGGCGCAGUCAAAUGAAGUGGAGGCAGCCCAGGCAACAGCCAGAAACAGUAACCGCACCGAUAAGAAAACCCGCUGCCUCUCCGUGACUCGUCUGUGUCCGCGAUAGAAGAAGAAGAAAAAAAACUAAGCUACGUUUCUAAAUUGGAUUUUGAUCAUAAUGUCCGUCAGAACUCACCCCGGUGUCCUACUACGGUCAAAUAAAUAGGAGAACGAAUAACGAAAUACCAGUUUACGCAAGAUUCCACCAUAUGGCUACAAGUUUGCUUUAUUGAAAUCAAGACAGCACGACAUACCUCAGAAAAUCAUAAAGUCAUCCACAGCCAAUUCAACCACUUCAAGAGCCAAAUCUUAUCACUGGAAUAGUUGUUUGAAGAUGGUAUUUUUGAUAAACCCUCAGUAUUCGGAAAAUAUGUGUAUGCCUCGCAUAGAAUUAAUAAGAUGAAAGUUUUUCUCUAUUGGACUUGACAAGGAAACAGUAGGAGGAUUUCAGAAUGUUCGUAAAUUUAAGAAAAUUCAGGAAAUGUAAAAUAUUCCAACUGACAGUCACAUGGUUUGUCUUGUCUAUGACAAUAGUCUGUUGGGAGGACCUGGAUGAACGUGUAGUCAGUCACCUGAAGUCGUACUUGUACCGUUACUUGAUCAACAAUUACAGUUUCAUAAACAGCAGUUUCUUCACUAGUCAAGAGAAGGCCCAGAUCCUCAACACCUACCCCUACUUGAUCAACAAUGAGCACAAAUGUGAAAAAGAGGACGUGCUCCUUCUCCUGUUCGUGAAGUCAUCUCCUAAUAAUGUGGAUAGGAGGCAUUCUAUUCGCUUGACCUGGGGCAAUGAGAUGUACAUCUUGCAGACUCUGGGCGUCAGAAUGAGAGUGGUGUUUGCAUUGGGCGUGCACGAGCAGCACCAGCAAAGGGGCUACAUCCAGCGAGAGCUCAUCAGCGAGGCUCGCAGGUAUAAAGACCUUGUCCAGCAGGACUUUGCCGACACGUUCCACAAUCUUACUGUGAAGCUGGUCCUCCAGUUCCAAUGGGCUUACACCUACUGCAGACAAGCCAGGUUCGUCAUGUCGACUGACGACGAUAUGUUUAUACACAUGCCCAACUUAGUGCACUAUCUGCAGGGUCUGAGCAGUAGGGAUGUGCACGAUCUCUGGGUGGGCCGUGUGCACAAAGGAUCCCCCCCUGUCCGUCACAGAAAGAGCAAGUACUAUGUGCCUUAUGAGAUGUAUCCAUGGAUUUCCUACCCAGACUACACAGCGGGAGCAGCAUAUGUGGUGUCCAGGGACAUCAUGCACAAAAUCUACCAAGCGACCAUGACUCUGCACACUACACUUCCCAUUGAUGAUGUUUUCAUGGGCAUCUUUGCCAGUACAAUAGGGGUUUCACCUCAAGAUCAUGCUUAUUUCUCAGGUGAAGGAAAAGCACCAUAUCACCCUUGUAUCUAUGACAAGAUGAUAACCUCUCAUGGACAUGUUUCAGACAUCCACUACCUCUGGAAGAUAUCAACUAGUCCCCAAAAUGUGAAUGUGUCCACUGGACUCAUGGGGAAGCUGUACUGUACAGUCAUGAAAGCAGUGCUUCUGUGUAAACCGUACAGCACCUACUCCUGUAUAGCAGCCUUUUCAUAGAAUUCACUGCCCUUUCACUCCUUGACAAAAAGGGCUGUUGUAAAGUUUUACGUUUACAUCUUACUAGUAACUAACCUACCUUUAUGUCAGCAACCGUAAAUAACUUGUUCUCAGGCAGUAGCAAAGGUUCGAGUCUGCAGCAUUUCUGUUAAAAUAUCUACCUGCUCUCAAGAUACCAAGGACAGAGAUAUCAGGGGUAACCAUUAGGUUAGAGAGGUGUGCUCACACAUACCUUGAGUUUUAAAUUCUAUGAUUCAAGGCAUAUAAACUCAAGAUCAGAUCGAAGCAGCCCAGUACAUAAAGCUAUAUAUUUUAUUACAGAUCUAAAGCAUAAAAUGGGGUAAUGACUUCAAAAAUGUAUCAUUUAAUAGAAAAAGAAUCAGCCAGGCCGUAGAGCAGGUGGGGUUAAGGGCCUUACUGAAGACCCAGCAGUUAAAUCACUCUGCCAACCACAGGAUUUGAACCAGCAACCUUCUGCUCACAGGCAGAGUGUCUGAACCUGCUGAGUCACACAGGGACCCUCGUCCCUGGUUGGCAAAAUAUACUGUUGCUCCUUGGUAGCUCCCCAGAUUAUUUCCUUUGUAAAAGUAGCUCUCACUGUAACAAAAAAGCUGGAGACACUGCAUUGGGAGUUCACAUCCCAUCCACACUAAUAUGCCACAAGCUAAAUAUCAGUUGAAGGAGAUAGACAGUAAUAAUGGACCAGAUGCUUUAGCAAAGAUUAUUGACCAAGGCUUUGUGAAUUCAGGCUAAUUGUUUUAACAAAGCCUUAUGGAAUGUUUUCAUUAAAACAUUUUUUUAAUGCAAAUUAACCUGUUUAAAAUUGGUGCAAUCUUUUCCUAAUUAUUUGUGUGUAAUUAGAACUGAUUCAGUGCUCUGCUACAAGGCCAUUUCAAUAUAUUUUGAAGUGCAUUCUGAUGAACUGUUUUAAGAUUGUUGAAUGAUUGCACAUUUUCCAUUAAAUGGGUGUGUGGAUAUUUAAUAGUUCACCUGGUUCAUCUGCAACAUGCAAGUUAAAUAUGUUAAAUAGCUAGUUAACAAGGGUGCCCGCUUCUAUGGAGAGUUCAGCCAUAAUUAACUAAUAAUUGAUUAUUGAUUGAUUGUUGAAAGCAUUCAUAAAAAUAUAUAAUAUACAUAUGCAA